AUGGCAAUGAAACUAAAACUCUUGUUUUCCUCCGAUCAGAUGGCUUACGCAAAGCACGGAGGCCAUGAUGAUUUUGAGUUACGACGGAAACUCAUGAAGGAUAUGGAGCGAAGAACCAAAACAGAAAUCUUCAAUUUAAGGAAGGCCUUAAAAUACCUUCAAGACUCGGCAGAAGCCAAGGUGACUGGGACUUCGGUUUUUAUGGAUAAACGGAAAAGUUUGUUUACGUCGGGCCCUGGUCGUGUUGUUCUUUUCGCAAUAGCAAUAAAUGGUCUCAACGUCGCUGCCAAAGCCUUCGGUUGGUGGUAUACUGGUUCUAAAAGCAUGUUUUCUGAGUUGAUGCAUUCGCUUGCGGAUACGAUGAAUCAGGUUCUCGUUGCUUAUGGUCUAUAUUCAUCACUUCAGAAACCAGAUGAAACGCAUCCGUACGGUUAUAUUCCAAUGCGUAAUGUAUCAUCGUUGAUAAGUGGUGUUGCCAUUUUUUUCCUGGGUGCUGGUCUUACAUUUUAUCAUAGUGUUCAGGGCAUUUUGGCGCCUCACGAAUUUGAAUCUGUUAAUCUGGCUUUGAUGGUCAUGCUAGGUUCGCUUUUAUCCGAAGGAAGCACCUUGGCGUUGGCUUAUCGCGAAGCUAAAAGAAGUUCAAAACGUCAAAACUUCUAUUCCGUUAGACAUUGGUUGUUUUCCGGAGUUGAUCCAAGUACUAGUAUGGUUUUAUUAGAAGAUUUGGCUGCUGUCAUUGGUGUUGUUGUGGCAGGGUCUGCUAUGGCUGUAACUGCUUUCACUGGACAUGUUUUACCUGAUGCGAUUGGAGGGAUUUGUGUUAGUGCAAUUCUCGCUACAGUGGCUGGUCUGAUCAUACAUACGAAUACUGAAAUGUUAAUAGGAAGAGCUAUUCCGGUUGAAAAUCAAGAGGCAAUUAUGCGUGUGAUGGAUAACAUAAAAAUUAUUCGCGGGACAUACGACAUAAAAACAACUAUGAUUGGUGGUGAAGAAAUACGAUUCAAAGCGGAAGUUGAUAUUGAUGGUCGAGAACUUACUAAACGUUACCUAGAAACUUUAUCAUUAGACGAUCUUCUUCAAGAGGUGAAAAAUAUCAAAACUGAACAGCAGCUGGCUCAUUUUAUGUUGAAACAUGGUGAUAAUUUAGUGAACACACUAGGCGCAGAAAUUAAUAAAAUUGAAGAGAAAAUUAAGAAGGAAUUCCCUAAUGUAACUCAUAUCGACAUUGAGAUUAACUAA